AUGGCACAAAGAGAUUUUUCUGAAAUACCAAAGCGAAAUCAUCGUCUCAUGCGACUAUUCCUCGUUGUUUGUUCAUUCUUUGGUACGGGAUCCGGAAUAUCUGAGAAAAGUUUACAAGGCCUGGAUGAUCAGUCUACAAGAUUUUGGGGGCAUCAAACAACACUGACUAACAAUGCUGAAGGAGUUGGAACUUUUCAUUUUCCUUAUUUGAUUGGAUCCCAGACAUUUCCUAAACCUCAGAUGGACAUAGAGCAUAGUUUGUGGAUGCCAUCAUUUCAGCCAACAACCCAAUUUGGGGGUGAUCACAACCUUGGCUUAGAUAUGAUUGCUUUACCUGAUAAACAGGCCUACAAUGGAGCCAAACUCCCAAUUGCUGAUGCUACAGAUGAAUGGCUGUCAGUGGUCCAGACCUUCUUACCAAGAAAAGAUCUCUUACAUCAAUCAUCAUCAUCAUAUGGAAUACCAGCCAAAGAAUCAUAUCACAACCUGCUUCAGGUUCCCAAUCAUCUUGAAACAUUUGAACAAAUGAAGAGUAUUGAAGCUACAGGGGUGCCAGGAUAUAUAGUAGGACCAACACAAGAUUUUGGGACCUAUGCUUCCUCAUGGCCAAAGGCAGGAGAUCCUCAAGGCAUCACAAUGUAUACUCCCACAUCUCUACUGCAUGCCCAGGAGAGUGUGUGGCCAAAUAUACCCCAUCCUCACUAUAACAGGCCAUUCAUUUCAAAUAGUGACACAUUCUCUGUGGGUGGUCAGACAAAUGCAAAUCUACACAGUCUGAGAUAUGACCACCCAACAUUUGAACACCAUCAAGAGAUACAAUACCCAAACUUUGAAGGAGUUCACAACCCUCAUUUUUCUUCCAACAUGGCAAUUCAAGAACCAUCAGAACCUUGGACAGGUUUGGAGGAUCUUUUGGAGCUUCCAGAACUUGCCCCAUUAAUUCAAACUAGGUUUGAUCACACAGGUUUUUGUGUGCUCUCACACCUAUUGACUGAUGAUACCCUUUCCUUUGCACCUAUAGCUGAGAGCCAAAUUUUUGGUGAUCACAGUCACAGAAGUGGUGAUGUCCCAGCUGAUAAAAUCAAUAGCAGGAUUAAUCACCCAUCUACCAUACCACCACCAAUUACUUCAAAGAAGAGAAAGUGCACUGCAUAUAAAGAGCCAGAUCCAAAAAUAUCAAAACCAAAUUCACAAGUGAUUCCCAGUGGGAUUGGACAGUCUGACGGGAUAUUUGAUGAUCAAGAUGGAGCUUAUCUUGGCACUUUUGGAAAAGGAUCACCUCUCAUGAUAGAAAAUGAAGUCACACCAAAGCCAUUCUGUAACGAGAAGUCAGGAACCCAACAUAUGGACCCCACAGAAUUCUCUGAAUUACUACUUGAAGAGGCCACCCUUCUGAAACCAGUUGUACAAGAAAUCAAAAAAACAAGACAUUUGUCCAUAAACCAUAUCCGUACGAGCAUUCCGUUUCUGGUUGUCUUGGGUAAAGGAAGAGUUCUUGAAAAUAUGGAUUCAAUUGGUGAUAUGACUGGAUUCUGGAAACUGAUUGGUGAAAAGAUGUUGAUGGUUACUCAACAAUUUUACCCAUCUAAACCUACUGCCUGUAUCAGUGUGGCUGCUUGGAAUGCUGAACAUGGUCUUUUCCCAAUGUUUCUUGACAAAGUGUUAUGUAUGCAAGAUUUAUUUAAAUAUCUUAAAAUGGGCUGGCCAUUUGAUAGUAAAGAAGACACCAUUAGAUUCUCAAGAACUUACUUUGAAAGAUGGCUCACAAAGGAGAUUGAUGAAUUCACAAGAAAACUUUUCAGCAUAAAUAAAAGUGAUUGGUCUAGAAGCACAUAUUAUCAAAAAAGGGAUUAUUUAAGCUCAGAGCAACAGUCUUUGUUGUGUUUGGAGUUGGAGUUUGAAAGCAAGUUUGAGAAAUGGACAGCUAUCACAUGGGAUAUAUUGCUAGGAUGGAUUGAUGUGGUUGGUCCAGACAUGAAAACAUUGUUUUCAAAUCACUUGACUUUUUACAGAUUCAAAUGUAUCUUUUCAAGAAAUAUGUUAAAUCAAGCUCAAGCUCAACUUUCUUCUUAUGAGGAAGUAUGGAAUAGAUAUACCAAAGAGGUCAGUAUUUCACCAUUGCAGUAUUUCUUCUCAAACCUUGAUUCAAUAUCUUGUUAUGAUCAAAGACUGACUUAA